AUGGCGUUCAAGUUGAUGAAUGCUCCAGCCACGUUUUGCACCCUAAUGAAUAAGGCAUUAAAACCCUUCUUAGAUCAUUUUGCUGUUGUUUAUCUUGAUGAUAUUGUGGUGUAUAGUAAGAAACUUGAGGAGCAUGUGGGACAUUUGAGGGAGGACCCUCGGUGCGAGAAAGCCUUCAACCAAGUCAAGCAAGCAAUGAUGAGUGAGCCUGUACUCGUGUUGCUAGACUUUGCAAAGACGUAUGAGUUAUGCACGGAUGCUUCAAAUUAUGCAAUUGGGGAAGUGCUGAUACAAGAUGGGCAUGCAACUGCUUUCGAUAGCUGA